GCUAGCUAGUUCCCUGCCGCAGGAACUGAUGUUUACUGAGAGAGCUUUGAGUGAGAAAUUAAACCGUGCUGCAUGUCAGUUGGCCUCCUGGUCCGAGCUGCACGAGACCUGCUGCUCCUGCACACCGCUCCAUCAUGUUUAUUUCAUAACCAUGGCGUCUAGGAGGAUCCUGUGAACUAAAUGACUGUCAGAAACAUCGCCUCCAUCUGUAAUAUGGGCACCAAUGCCUCUGCUCUGGAGAAAGACAUUGGUCCAGAGCAGUUCCCUAUUAAUGAACACUACUUCGGAUUGGUCAAUUUUGGGAACACGUGCUACUGUAACUCAGUGCUGCAGGCGCUGUAUUUCUGCAGGCCAUUCAGGGAGAGCGUGCUGGCCUACAAGGCACAACAGAAGAAGAAGGAGAACCUGCUGACCUGCCUGGCUGAUCUCUUUCACAGUAUCGCCACUCAGAAGAAGAAGGUGGGAGUAAUCCCUCCCAAGAAGUUCAUCUCUCGUUUGAGAAAGGAAAACGACCUGUUUGAUAACUACAUGCAACAGGAUGCUCACGAGUUUCUCAACUACCUCCUGAACACGGUGGCAGACAUCCUGCAGGAGGAGAAGAAACAGGAAAAACAAAACGGCAGGCUGAAGAACAACGGAAGCGCAGUCCCUGCUGAAACUGAGACGGAGAACAAGAACGAGUCCACGUGGGUGCACGACAUCUUCCAGGGUACGCUGACCAAUGAGACGCGCUGCCUCAACUGCGAGACGGUAAGCAGUAAAGAUGAGGACUUCCUGGAUUUGUCUGUGGAUGUCGAGCAGAACACUUCAAUAACGCAUUGUCUCAGGGACUUCAGUAACACAGAGACGCUGUGCAGUGAGUAUAAGUACUACUGUGAAACCUGCUGCAGCAAGCAAGAGGCCCAGAAACGCAUGCGAGUGAAGAAGUUGCCCAUGAUCUUGGCCCUGCACCUGAAACGCUUUAAGUACAUGGAGCAGUUGCAGCGCUACACAAAGCUGAGCUACCGCGUGGUCUUUCCGCUCGAGCUGCGCCUCUUCAACACAUCCGCCGAUGCCGUCAACCUCGACCGCAUGUAUGACCUCGUGGCCGUGGUGGUACACUGUGGCAGUGGGCCAAACAGAGGACACUACAUAACGAUAGUGAAGAGUCAUGGAUUCUGGCUGCUGUUUGAUGAUGACAUUGUGGAGAAAAUUGAUGCACAGGCAAUAGAGGAGUUCUACGGUUUGACUUCUGACAUCUCUAAGAACUCGGAGUCAGGAUACAUUCUUUUUUAUCAGUCCAGAGAGUGAAGGAUGAAAGAGGAGAGGCCGCUAAAGAGCUUAAAAAAAAAAAAGAGCAAAGGGUGGGAAGUAGGCGACAAAACUAACAGAAGAAAUGUAGUUCAGUCACUACCACCAUGCAGUUCACAGCCCACUCUUACACACUCACACACUCAGGAGCAAUUUCUGAAAGCUGUGCCAAUAGCACCCUGACCUCAUUUUUUUUUUUUUUUUUUUUUUGCAAAUUCUACAUUUCCCAGAAUCCUCUCCUCUACAUCAUCACUGCACUUUGGGUGGGGGUCUGGGUGGUUGGGGGGUGCAUCAAAACUGACCCUGGGUCAGUCACCUGCAUAUGGAAGGCACUUUAUAAACCAAAAGCAUCAACAUAGAUAGUGAGAAACACUACAAAAGCAGCAAAAGAACAACAUACUAAAUGACAUCACUCUCGAUCAGGACCUUAAAAGAAAAAAAAGGAAGCGAUCCCUGUAAUAACAGCUACUCAUCAGGAAUGUAAGGAAAUGGUCCAGUCUGAGAUCUGAGUCCUCUUUUGUAUAAGCGUUCACUUUUUGUUCACAUCAGUUGGAUUUCUUUUUGGCACACACGUGUAUGAACAGGAUAUCUUAAUUUAUACGCUUGUGUAUGAUGCGUGUAUGUUCAGUCCUAAUCUGAUUUCCCACAAGAAUUUUCAAUGCUCCAAUGUUUGUUACCUCCUAUUUUAGUGGACACUUAGGAUUUUGGCUUAAGUUAUCCUGCUAACUAAAAAAUCAUGAGCUCUUUUUUUUUUUUUACCAAAGCAAAGUAACAUUUUAGUUCCCCACUCCAUUUGCUAUAGGGGUUUAGAUUCCGUCUUUGCAUUCCCUCUACAUUAUAGGAAUAAGCGUAAUUAAUUGAAGAAGUCUUUCCACCUCAAAUGAGUGUGUUUGGAUGGACCAGGACAAAGGUAAACGUUUUACUUAUGUUCAGCUAUAUUUAAAACAAUUGUCCAGUCUGAUUAUUUUCUGGCAUUAAACCCUAAUUGAGACUUUCCGGAGAGAAAAUUGGCCGCUGCUGCCACGCUCUCUUACUAAAUCUGCAUGAUGUCACUAGGCUAUGGACAUCUCAGGUCAGUAAAGUCCUUCCUGCCUUAUAACAGCAGCAGACUAUGACAGGCAGGAAGACCUUCUUUGAUAAACAGGAUUCAAGGCAACAGCUCUGUUUUGGCCUUGUCUUACAUCUUUGUACGUCACACAGUUGUUAUCAAACUUCUAUUAUGCUCUGUGAUGCAAUGGACACUAGUUAAAUCCAGAUUCGAAUUAUGCAUAGAAGUACUUACAGUUUAAUUAUGUAGACAAUGUAGAAAUGUAUAAAUAUAUGAUGAUGCUUAUAAGUAUCUGGAGCACUGAUCACCUUUUUCCCUGCACUCAUCUCCCACUUCCCACUUGAACCGGAGAAGAGUCUAGUUUAGAGCUUAGUACUUUGGGCUAGUGUGGCCCCAGAUCUCUGCACAGGUCGUGUGGUUUGAUGGUUGUAAGCCAGCACUUGUAAUAAUUUCAAUAAAAUCCUUUAAGCAUU